CGGAGACAAUCACGCACGCUAUGCCACUUCAAAGCAUCUGCCACCACUAACUAGGCCAAUCGUAUCAUGUCCUAGAUGUGACUCAUACUAUGAGAUAUUCAACUAUGGUGAUUUCUUAGAAUUGAUGUGAAGAAUGAAGUAAAAAGAUUCUAAAAUAGAAGUGCUGCCUUCGAAAGGGGCAUCUUCCAAGUCACUUUCCCUAAGAGCAGAGCCAAUAAGUAAUAAUUGUCAGCGUAAUUAUUUAUUACACAGGACAUUUAUUACACAUGUCCUGUGUAAUAAAUAAACACAGGACAUGAAAGAGUCAAGAGAUCAUGAUGAAUGUGUUACCACUUUUCUAUUGAAGCAACAGUUCUUGUUUUUUAUUGUUUUGUUUUCUUCCUCAAAAGCGUGCAAGGGGAAGUGACAUGACUUGUGGCAACCCCUUAAAUCGUUGGACUUUGAGGCUGGUAGGACUAUUGCUGCAGACAGUCUGAGAGUGGUAAGUGCUCACUGAACAUCCGGAGUGCAACCGGGGGACGGUUUAACGCUGUGGAGCUAGCUACUCGGCGGUGAUUCACCGGUAAAAGAACCUCCUCGCCCCCUCCUCGCUCGCCCACACCGACCCUUCCCCCCCCCCCCCCGCGCGCGAUGGCGUUCUCCCCCUCCCAGCUGUACUACGCCUCCCCCUACACCUCCUCGUCCCUCGUCUCCCCCUUCUCCCUCAACCUCAGCUCCACCGCCACCCCCUCCGCCCCCCUCGCCCUCACCCCGGCGCCCCAGCGGGCCUCGGCUGCUCUGGGCGUGGCCAUCCUGGUGCUGGCCUUCGUGGUGGGUUUCCCCGGCAACCUGUUUGUGGUGUGGUCGGUGUGGUGGCGCGUGAAGAAGCGCUCCGUCACCUGCCUGCUGGUGAUGAACCUCGCGGCGGCCGACGCCCUGGUGCUGCUCAGCGCGCCCCUCUUCCUGCGCUACCUGCUGGGCGGCCGCGGCUGGGAGUUUGGCGCGGCGGCGUGCAAGCUGGUGCACUACCUGUCCAGCGUCAACAUGUACGUGUCCAUCUACUCCAUCGGCCUGAUGAGCGCCGACCGCUGCCUGGCCGUCACCCGGCCCUUCCUGGCGCACCGGCUGCGCACCAAGCGCAAGCUGCUCGGGCUGCUGCUCGGCCUGUGGGCGAUCAGCUUCGUGCUGUCCCUGCCCAUGCCCUUCUACCGCAGCAAGCAGCUGAUGCCGAUCAGCGCCAACCGCUCGGUGCCCAUCUGUAGCCAGGACCACGGGAGCGGCGUGGAGCACCGGGUGUUCCAGUACCUGUUUGAGACGGUGAUGGGCUUCCUGCUGCCCUUCACCUUCAUCGUUGGCUGCUAUGGCGUGGUGGUGAACCGCCUGCGCACCGCCAUGUUCCAGAAGAAGGGCCAGAGCAGCCGUCUCAUCCUGCUCAUCGUGGGCGCCUUCGGCCUCUUCUGGCUGCCCUACCACGUCAUCAACGUCAUGGAGAUCUACGGCGUGCUCCAGGGCGACGAGGCGGUGGUGCGGGCCGCCGACCAGGGCCGGCCCACCCUCACGGCGUUCGCCUACUUCAGCAGCGCCGUCAACCCCAUCCUGUACGUGUUCGCCGGCAGCUCCCACAUCCGCGCGGCCGGCCUCAGCUUCAUGGGCCGGCUCUUCGAGGGCACCAACUCCGAGAGCCGAACCACCAGCACCACCAACCGCACCCGGUCCAGCCGCGGGGGGUCCACCGCGGCCGGCGUGAUGGCGGCGGCGGCGGCGUUGGAGGAGGAGGGCUCCCCGCUGCGGGCGGUGUCGGCCUCGCUGGGACCUGCGGCCGGCGGCGGGAAGGACGUCCGCUACUGCUCGGAGUUCAGCACCUUGGCCACCAUAGAUCAGUCGGAGUAGCGUUGGGGGGGGGGGGGGGGGGGAGGAGGAAGAAGAAGAAAAAGAAGAAGCGGGAAUGCUGGUCCUUCCAUUUUUUUUCAUGUUUCUUUGAAUUCGUUGUAAUUUUGACAAAAUGUUCUCUUAAACUGAUUUUAUAUCUUUCCCUACAUAUUAUAUGUUCCCUACGAUGACACCUGCCUACCUGCAUAGAUGUUAGGGUCCAAACCUGUGUUCCUCCCUACGGUGACACCUCUUGGAGGAUGGAAAAAGAGAGACUUUUAGGGCGCUUCCGUAAACCGGUUCUCUGAGCAACACGAGGGGAAUGUCACGCUACAGGAAGCGGCCACUGAUGGAUUCACAGAAGCAUUGAUUAUGAUGACAGUCCUGAUGUCUAUAAGAUGGCUAUCUAUGGCUCUGUGGUUUAACAGCGAGGCUGUUAAACCACAUGGGAGGGGAGAAUGCAAAGGAAACGAGCAGACUCUAUACCAACUUCUCUUUUUUUUGCGAAAGAGGGUGUAGAGUGUGUGUGGGGAAAGGCGCAUUCUUUCGCAGUUUUCAGCAUUCUUUCGACGCAGCUGUCAGAGGUGGGAUUGGUGAUAGGUCAGGAUGUGGCAGUUUAAAAUUUUUUUGAUUCUCUGAAUAGAAUGUGUGAAUGGAUGUGCGAGACAUUGAACCGUGUGGAGCUGUCCCUGGAACCCUGUCUCUGCAGACGUUCCAGUGAAGGAUCGUUCAGUGUGCAGAGAGUGUCCAGUUAGAGGGUCCAAAGAAGAGUGCACAGACAGUGGGCAGAGACAGUGUGCAGAGAUAUUGUGCAGAGAGAGUGUGCAGGAAGAGUGUGCACAGAGAGUGUGCAGAGAUAGUGUGCAAGGACAGUGUGCGGAGACGGUGGGCAGAGACUGUGGGCACAGACAAUGUACAAAGACAGUGUGCAAUGUUAAAGGACAGUGUGCAGUGAUACCCCUCUGAUUAUGGUGAUGGACUAUCCAACACCUGACCUUCACCGGCCAGUCAGGACUGGCGUCGUGAGAUGCAAUGCUUCUGUGAAACCGCCAGGGGGCGCUGCCCAUGGUGAGACCUCAAGGCGUACGCAAAGAGAACCAAAUACAUAAUAGUCCAUCUUCCCCUCACUAUAUGCUCCGGUUUAUCUGAAAUGUACGGUAAUUAAUAUUCCUUAGUGUUUGCUUAAAAUGGAUUUAGCAUUUAUUCAAGCCUAUUCUAGGCUUGAAUAAAUGUGGUUAAUUGGUCUUUGCUAAAUACAAUUUUGAAAAUAGAGGGUGGGGGGUUUACAUACACAAAGAUAUUUAGGAUUUAGUUGUAUUUGAUUUCAUGCUUAAUACCUUUACACAGAGAGAAGUUGAAUGAAUAGCAAAUCUUUUGGAAAUGAAAGAACUAUUGAAAAAAGACAAUCGUAUAUCCUAUGUAUCUCUAGUGAUAUUGUUGAAAAUUACAAAUCUGCUGUGUCAUGAUCCAGCUCCAGCUCUAUUCGCUGUUCCCCUGAGUCCUCGUUAGCAAAACGGGAGUCACCUGUGCGAUUUUGUGUAGAGGGCAAGUUUUUGAAUUAUACAAGUUAUUACCUUGCCAGCAUAUUACACAUUUUUGUGUCCUCCAUUUCACAAUCUCCGACCACAGUGCACUUCCUCCCCAUCUUCAGUUGCAACGUCAGAAAAUGUUCACCAUAUAAUCCAAACCUUGUCAAAAUGAGUCAAUCUUGUGUGUUCUUGACGUGAUGUGAUUACCAGUCCAGGGUGAAAGUAAUUCUGAUUCCAUCUGCUGUUUUUUUAGAAAGGAACUUCAAUUACAUUCCCUAAACAAAUGUUUGACCUAAUAAGUUAUUUUCAUCAUCAGAAAAUGAUAAGGAGACUUUCACGAUGACGUCAGUGCACGCUUCAUGCACUACCUGCCCUAAAUCACAUUGAUAUUAAAAAAUAAAAAUAACUAUGAAUGCAA